UGCUGCAUUCUAUUUAUUGUAAUUUGUUUUUGCAUACUACAACUAACAAGUGAUACAAAAAUGACUGAUAUUCAAAGUGCAUUUAAAAAGCACUGUAUAGUGCCUGAUAUAUUGACAACAGCUCCAUCUGAGCUAUUAGAUAUUCAGUAUCGUGGUGGUAUUAUUGUCGACUUAGGAAAAGAAUUAACUCCUACGCAAGUCAAGGAUAAACCUACGGUAAAAUGGGCAACCAAAGAUACCGAAUAUUACACUUUAGCUUUAGUGGACCCUGAUGCUCCAAGUCGCGAAAAUCCAAAGUUUCGAGAGUGGCAUCAUUGGCUUAUUGGAAAUGUUUAUGGUGGAGAUAUUAAUAAAGGUGAAGUUCUUUCUGAUUACAUUGGAUCUGGACCACCAAAAGGAACUGGUUUACAUCGCUAUGUAUUUUUAGUUUAUAAGCAACCCGAAAAAUGUGACUUUUCGAAAGUAAAAAAACUCCCUAAUAAUUCAGGAUCGAAUAGGGGAAAAUUUUCGAUUUCAAAAUUUGCUCAACAAUUCAAAUUAGGUCCGCCUAUAGCUGGUAACUUUUUUGUGGCAAAAUAUGACGAUUAUGUACCAAAGUUAUAUGCACAAUUAAAGGAUUAAACUAUUUAUUAUAAAAUAAUUUAGAAAAAUUAAAACCGAUAAUUUUAUUUCAAUAAAGUAUAUGGCAAUCUU